UUGAAAGUUAUUCACAUGUGUUGAUCAAUUUGAUAUGGAGAAAAAAAAGAAAACGCGACAAUUUUAGGGUUAUACAAUAAGAAGAGAAACAAGAUCUCAAAUCAAACAGAAUGGCUUCCGCAUCCUUCCAAGUGGAAGAGUGCGAACCAUACACUGGACCUCCAUUACGUCUAAAACAAAAGAUAUUUUAUGGCGUUGGUCAUGUUUUGAACGAUUUAUGUGCAAAUUGUUGGUUUAGCUAUAUGCUAGUAUACAUGAGCAAGGUUGCAGGAUUAACAGAAUCUACAGCUGGCCUUUUAAUGCUGAUUGGUCAAAUAGCUGAUGGACUAUCCACCUUAAUAGUUGGGUACGGCUGUGAUAGGACCAGAAUUAGAUGGUACGGGAAACGCAAGCUCUGGCAUGGCAUAGGUACCAUAUGUGUAUUGAUUAGUUUUCCUUUUAUAUUCAAUUCAUGUUUACCUUGUUCGGAAUCAUCAGAAGUGAUCAAACUUAUGUAUUACUCUGCUUUUGUGAUUUUGUUUCAAUUUGGGUGGGCCGCAACACAGAUUGGUCAUUUGUCAUUGAUCCCAGAGAUUUCAAAAAAGGAAAGUCAAAGAGUGGAGCUCAAUUCCAUCAGAUCGGGGUUAACCUUCGCAUGUGGCAUAUUUAUUUAUGGAGUAGUAUGGUUUCUGCUUGGCACAACAGACGAUGAUCAAAUCAGUACCUCAGUGUCAAAACAAUUCAUGAUUUUAUCAUUCAUUGUAGUUGGAGUUGGGUUUUUAUUCUCACUUAUCUUCCAUGUUGGAACCAAAGAACCACAAUGUACAUUGCUGGUGAAAGAGAAUUUUAACAGAAAAAAGAAGAAGAGCCACUAUAAGUGUUGCUGUUCUAAUAGAACAUUUAAUUUUGAAGAGGACGAUAAAAUUAAAAAUGCGGACGCAAUCCCAGCCUUGCCUAACGAUGCAGAAAUUAUCCAAAGAAGUUGUGGCGAAAAGACAUGGAGAUUAUGGUGUGCAGAUUCUCGGUUAUACAAGAAUGGAUUGCUGUAUAUGUGUACAAGAUUAACUGUAAAUAUAUUCCAGUUAAAUUUCCCUUACUAUUUGACCGAUGCUCUCCAUUUUAAUAAGGAAGCCAUUGCUUAUUUUCCAUUGAUCAUUCUAAUAGCUGGUUCGGUUACAAGUUCUUUCAUGAAACUUGUAACCAAAUGUAUCGGAGGCCAGCUUACGUACGUUUUUGGAUGUAUUUUGGUCAUCAGUGCAACUGUUUGGUUAUUUUUGGCUGGGCAAGAAUACAGAAAUACAGUGUAUGGCGCAGCGUGGCUGGCCGGAAGCGGUUGCUCUGUUAUUUUGGUCACAUCAUUAGCUAAAACAGCUGAGCUUAUUGGGAAGGAUAAAAAUUCAAGUGCAUUUGUAUAUUCCACAAUGAGUUUUACAGACAAAAUGACAACCGGUUUUGCCAUAUUUGCCAUACAAACACUACGACCAGCAUAUGAAUCCAAUGCAUUCUCACCCAGCGACACGUGCAAUGAUUGCGAGUUAUAUUCAACAAUAAUUCAAACGUCGGUACCCGGUGUGUUUGCAUUCGUUGGCUUGUUGACCGUUGUAUUUUUGUUUCCGUCAGACUUCAAAUGCAUUCGCAAAAGAAAUGCGCGAGAAAGAUGUACUCAAACUGAUUUUGCAGAAGAGGAACCAGAAGUUAAUGUUAAAGAAGAAAAAUAUGUCGCGUCUGAAAUAGUAACAGACAGUGGACUGAGUUUUACAUUUGAAGACGAACUGUGUGCAGGUGACAUUAGCAAUGUUGAUGAAGUAGACACACUUUCUGUGGGGUCAUAUGUCAAUAUCGACGCGUCCACUUAUUUUGGCAUGGCAAUCUCGUUUCCAGAUCUUCAUGCACCUUCCUGGAAAAAUAUGACUUUGAUAAACAUGUGAAUAUACCGUUUUUGUAAAUACAUUUAUUCCACGGAGAAACGCAACGCAAAUAAAUGCGAAUUUGAACAGAUAA